CAUCAGUCAACCGUGUCAACAGAAUUCAUAGUCAAGAUGGCUCCUCUCCAGAUGGGAAUCAACGGAUUUGGCCGUAUUGGUCGCCUGACUCUUCGUGCUGCAAUUGAAAACAAUGUACCAGUUGUGGCUGUGAACGAUCCAUUCAUCUCUCUUGAGUACAUGGUGUACAUGUUCAAGUAUGACUCUACACACGGUAGCUACAACGGUGCCAUCUCCCACGACAACGGCAAACUGAUCAUUAAUGGACAGUCCAUCACCGUGUUCAGCGAACGUGACCCAUCUGCCAUCAACUGGAAAUCUGUCGGCGCCAACUACGUCGUCGAAUCCACUGGAGUCUUCACAACCACAGAGAAAGCUAUUGUCCACAUCAAGAACGGCGGUGCCGAGAAGGUGGUCAUCUCUGCCCCGUCGGGCGACGCCCCCAUGUUUGUGAUGGGCGUGAACGAGGAGAAGUACACCAAGGACCUGCAGGUGGUCAGCAACGCCUCCUGCACCACCAACUGCCUGGCCCCCUUGGUCAAGGUCAUCCACGACAACUUCGGCAUCGUGGAGGGCCUGAUGACCACCGUCCACGCUGUGACGGCCACACAGAAGACUGUUGACGGACCCAGCCACAAGGACUGGCGUGGUGGACGUGGUGCCUUCCAGAACAUCAUCCCAUCUUCCACCGGUGCUGCCAAAGCUGUGGGCAAGGUGAUCCCUGCCAUGAAUGGAAAAUUGACUGGCAUGGCUUUCCGUGUGCCAGUUCCUGAUGUGUCCGUGGUUGAUCUGACCUGCAGAUUGGAGAAAGGAGCAUCAUAUGAUGUGAUCAAGAAGACAGUAAAGGACGCCUCUGAGGGUGCUUUGAAGGGCAUCUUGGCCUACACCGAGGACGAUGUCGUUUCACAGGACUUUAAGGGAGACACCGCCAGCUCAACCUUCGAUGCCAAGGCUGGAAUUGCCCUCAACGACAACUUCGUGAAGCUGGUUUCCUGGUACGACAAUGAGUUUGGCUACAGUCACCGUGUGGUGGAGCUCAUCAAGCACAUGUACGCCGUGGACUCCCAGUAAUUCACUUACUUUUACUUCCACACAAGAAAAAACUUCUCAGCCUGUUGCUUUUCAAACUGAUCUAGGGGUUCUCUUCGCUGUCAACGCUGGGGGCAUCUCUUUUAUCGGAAUUUUGAAAUUGCACUUGAGACUGGGUCCUAGUAUUUUGUACAUUUUUGCAUCUGACUGAGAGUGAGAAUGUUUGCAAACUUGCAGAAAUACUCGAAUGUAGGGGAAUGUAUGAAUUCACAAGGUGAAGGUCAACUCGACUUGUGCCGGUUGCCAUGUGAUCGGGGGGUUGUCUCCUGCUUUUGAUUUCUUUUGUGGUCUUUGGGUAGAUGAUGACAUUCAUAGCAGAGAAAGCCUGCUAGUGUAUCUGAUGAGCAAGUCCAUUUUCUACUCAAACGUUGUACAUUUUUGGUUAGAUCUGUUGGAAUCUUUUGUUGCUUCAGGAACAUUAGAGAAGGAAAGUGAUCUUGUCGUCGGGUAGAAUACUUAGGCAUAACUUUAGGUGUACAAUUGGUGUUGUUGGGAAAGGAAAUAUGCGGACACAUCUCAGUGUUGUAAUUUGCCUCUAGUUACUAUUGGCAUUUGUCUUUAUUUUACUUUGCUUGAGUGCUGUGAUUUUAAUUUUCAUCAUGAUUAAAUCUCUAGCUAUGAAUGCAUUGUCGUUGUAGCUACUGAGAGUAGGAUUGUUAUCAAGUCUCUUAAAUCUUUACUACUCAAUUCCCUCAGCCCUGUGUUAGUCUUAUGUUUUGUAUGAGAUUUCAUCAUUAAACAUUCGUACUAUUAAACAU